AUGGCCGCCAAAAAAGCAGCUGGCAAAAAGGCUAGCCGCCCGUCGUUCGACUCUAUUAUCGAGGCUGAACGUCUUAACCGGAAAAAACAAGAAAACCAAGCUCUAGCAGACCAGUUGUUGGGCAGUAAAAAGAGAAGAGCUAGUGCGCCAGGGCCUGGAGUUGGCACCAAAAAGACACCUGCCGACAGGAGCCUUGCAAGCAGAAUUGGUGUCGUGAAGCGUUCAGCAUCCACAUCCUCAAAGCCCAAACCCAACCCCAUCGUUACAGCUCGCGCCACAGCAAAACAAACCGUAACCGCCAAACCAACCUCCCGCCGCACACGAGAAGAUCGUAUGCUAGAAGAUAUCAAGGGCAAGAAAGAUGUGAACGUGGCACCCCGCAAACAAGCAGAGAUUUCAAUCAAGGGAACUGCUGCAACGGGACCGUUUGUCGUCGUUGGAAGAAAUUUCGCUCCAGGUACCAAUGCCGCCGAUAUCGAAGCUGCGAUGGAGCCUGUUGCUGGACAUAUUGUUGGAGUUCAUAUAACGUCGCAUACGCCAUACGUCAAUGCGCAGAUUGCGUGCGCUGAGAAAUGGGGCGCGGAUGCCAUUGUAGCGCAGUUCAAUGGACAGAAAGCGGACGGUCGAAUUCUAUCAAUCGAAUACAGAGGUGGUGGCAGCCACUACUUCGCGCCUACCUCUGGCAACCGUGCUAGUAACUACGACGCCCUCAGAGAACAAGCAGACCGCGAACGCCGAGAGAGGAAAAAUGUGGCCGAGCCUCAGAUUCAUGAUGGAAGAAAUGGAUUCAGUGAUCCGAAAGGGCGCCCCAGACGAGCUGAUGGUAGCAUCGAACUGUACAGAGACAAAAUGAUGGUCGAUGCUCCUACCAUACCGACUUCAAAGCGUGGUCACAUCGUGAAGAAAGAGUGGUCAACACCACUCGCAAAAAUCCUUGCUGAUGCGAUUCGCACAACCGGCCCAAUCUCCAUAGCAGCCUACAUGCGACAAGUCCUCACAAACCCCGACGCAGGCUACUAUACCACACCAAGCAGUCAGAGCAAAACCGAGGUAUUUGGCAAGAAAGGCGACUUUAUUACAUCACCCGAAAUCACGCAGAUAUUUGGAGAGCUUGUGGGGAUAUGGACGGUUACAGAAUGGAUGGCGCAGGGGAUGCCGAAGGAUGGUGUGGAAUUGAUCGAGGUUGGGCCGGGGAAGGGAACGUUGAUGGAUGAUAUUUUACGGACCGUUCGAAACUUCAAGCAAUUCUCGAAAAGUAUUGAGAAUAUUUACCUCGUUGAAGCUAGUGCGCCAUUACGAGAAGUUCAGAAGAGUCUGCUUUGUGGGCCGGAUGCGGUUCUUGAAGAGAUUGAUAUUGGUUUUCGGGGUAUCAACAAGCAUACUGGAGCGCCUAUUGUCUGGGUGGAAGAUAUCCGGUUAUUGUCUUACAAUGACAAAAUGCCGUUUAUAUUUGCCCACGAAUUCUUCGAUGCACUUCCCAUACAUGCCUUUGAAUCUGUCCAACCAAGCCCUGAACCUGAAGAACAACCGAAACAACAAAUUAUGACCCCAACAGGUCCUAUCACAUUGGACUCUCCAAGCCAGACCAAGGCCAAUAAUAAGCCAGCCGCCGGCCCACAAUGGCGAGAAUUAAUGGUCGCUUUAAACUCCAAAUCCGUCCUUGAAGACGUCAAAGACGAACCCGAAUUCCAACUCUCCCGCGCCAAAAUAUCCACUCCAAACUCUUUACUUCUUCCCGAGAUUUCAGAACGUUAUAGAGCACUCAAAUCCCAGCCCGGUUCUGUCAUUGAAGUCAGUCCCGAGAGCAGGAUAUACGUCGCCGACUUUGCGCGAAGGAUUGGGGGAUAUACACCCCCCGAACCGAAGUCACCAAAGAGGAAGCCUGGAGAAGUCGCCAAACCGGUUACUCCUAUCGAUAACUCCGCAGCACUAAAGAAGAAAGAGCGUCCUUCAGGGGCUGCCCUGAUUCUGGAUUACGGCACAUCAUCUACUAUUCCUGUGAACUCCCUCCGCGGUAUUAGACAACACAAGGCCAUUUCACCAUUUGCAUACCCCGGACAAGUCGACGUUAGCGCCGAUGUGGAUUUCAUUAGUCUCGCUGAAGCUGCUCUCGAAGCAAGCGAAGGUGUCGAGGUCCAUGGUCCAGUUGAUCAAGCAGAGUACCUACAUUCACUCGGCAUCGCCGAGCGGGCGGAGCAACUGCUCAAACUCAUGCCAGAAGAUAGUGAAAAGUACAAGACGCUUCAGACAGCAUGGAAGCGUUUAGUCGACAAAGGGCCCAAUGGAAUGGGUAAGCUGUAUAAAGCUCUGGUCAUAGUCCCCGAGAAUGGAGGAAGGAGACGGCCCGUUGGAUUUGGUGGUGGUGUCGUGGGUUGA